UGGCGGUAACUUCAUGUGUUUUGUGUUAAGAUAGGGACAGCCUCUCAUUUACAAUUUCGGAUUGAUUGUUUGGUCCGGUACCAUUAUUUUAGGCAUUUGCAGUUGAGCCGAAACUCCUCCUUUCGUAGAAUUUACUUCAACGGCAAUCGAGUUGCUCAUUACAUUUGGAUGGUUGGUGGUUCGGUUUUAAUGACAUGGAUAUGAAAUACUUAAGGCUUACAUGAGUUUAAAUACAAAAUCAUCCAGCAGAAUCAAUGGAUGGUCGUUGCCAAUUCAUCCUUUACAAUGUCUAUCCUGGUUCGCUACUGCUCUGUUCUCGAUAAUCUACUUUGGAAUACUCGUCCCAUCUAUCGUCAUUCGAGCCAGAAUUCCUCUUUUUGUUAUCAAUGCCGUGUGUAUUGCUGCUUAUAUUGUUCUUAAUAUAAUUGCGGUGAGUAUUAAUCCAGCUGAUACAGCUGUCAGAGAAAAACAAAAAUCGCGUGGAAAUAAAGUUUCCUCUUUGGAUCCUAAACAUGUACAUGUGAUUGAGAACUUUUAUUGUAAUUUGUGUGAGCUGCCAAUCUCAAGUUCCCGAACAAAACACUGCAAAAGUUGCAACAAAUGUAUCGCUGAUUUUGAUCAUCAUUGUAAAUGGCUUAAUAAUUGUAUAGGUAGUCGCAAUUAUACAUAUUUUGCUGGGAUAAUCACAAUGGCUUGUCUGUCACUUAGUAUAUCCACGAGUCUUUCUCUGUCCUUGGCUGUCGCAUAUUAUUCAGAUCGUCCAUAUGGAUAUUGGAUACAAGCAUAUCACGAUUACUGGCAAACAUUCACCAAUGGGACCAUUGAACAUCUAGAUUAUUUAAUAAACAAUGAUGGAGUUUUCCGCAUAUUCGGUUUAAAUUCAUCUGGAUUGGUUUUCUUUAUAAUCGCUAUUGUUGGAUGUUUAUUUACUUUUUGCAUUGAUGCCUUUUUGGUGCAUCUAAUAAUCUUUCAUAUAUACUUGUAUAUAAAAGGUAUGACAACAUAUGAAUUUAUAGUUUUACAACGUCAAAAAUCUAAUCCAUCUACUGAAAAUCAAACAUCGAAUAAUGUUGAUCAAAGUAAAAAGAAAAAUCUAUUCUGUAGUAUUAAAUAUAUUGAUUUAUGUGAAAAAGAAGAUAUUGCUGAAAUGUCAUCACAGAGUCAAUCAAAUGGACCAUUUACUACGAGUAGUAAAGUUGUUUUAUCUUUACCGUCCACUGGUAAAUCAUCCGAUCAACCAAUUGUAACAGGUGAUUUAGCCAAUAAUAGCAGUAGUAUUUGCUCAGAUAAACCACAAACUAUCUCUAAUAGUAAGAUAUUUUCAGAUGGAAAAGAAUGUCUGCCUUCAAUUUCAACGUCUAAUUUCAUAUCAGAAAGUACACAACGAGAUAAUCCGGUAUAUUUAUCCUCCCUAUGCAAAAAUUCUGAUUUACCUCUUGAUGUAAAUAAACGUGAUCUAACACAGGUAGAUAGUGAUGUUUCACAAGAUUUGAGUUAUUAUAACACUAGUGGUGAUGAGAUUCUCAGCACAAGAGCAAUCACAGACGAGAUUGAGUUGAAGUCAAUCAGCCCAAGUGAUGAACUUGUUUCAUCUGAACGAAUCACUGACUCUACUAUUACACAAUCCAAUAGUACAGAAUCUACAAAUACACUUACAAAAGAGGAUGAUAGUUCAGUGAUACCUAAGGUACCUCCAGUAUUACGAAAAACAUAGUGUUAUAUUCGUAUAUAUAUAUAUAUAUAUAUAUAUACAAAGUUUAUGUUAUCUACCAUUUCGGCUGGAGACAAGAUAAUGUCGCAUUGUGAAAAGGACUCAUUGCCAAACCUUACUUGUAAACACGCGUUGCAAACUAAUUUUUCUUUUUUACUGAUAUAAUCUUGAUUUCUAUUGACUAACAGUAGUGAUAUUUCUUAUUUAUCAGUUGGUAUUUUAUUACUAUUACUAUUCCGAUCUAUUCACUUCUAAUUCGUUAUUUAGUUUCAUUCUGUAACUGAAUAAUAGUAUCUCUGUACUCUCUUCUUUUUUUGUUAAAAUCCCCAUUUCUCAAUGUGUAUAUUUUGUAUACAAACUACUCGUAAAUAUUAUCGUUAGUAAGAACAAUCAUUUUCUCUUUGUAAUGCUAUUUUUAUGCAUGCCUUAGUUAGACAUUUCGCUCUUCGAUGUAAUCAGUGUGGAUAUUUUUAGGAAAAUGUAAAUUAAAAGACUGCUUAAAAGUGAUUUCAAGUUAGAUUUUAUUCCAAAAGUAAGUUACUUAAAAUUCAUUUUCAUUGUUGGUAUUGUUGGCUUUUUUAAACUCGACUAACUGCCUCCCAUAAUUUAACGUAUACUCUCACAUGUUCAGUUUAUCAAAAUCUUACUUUUCUAUCGAUCAUUGAGUUCUUUUCGUUACUAUUUCAAGAGUUCAUAAGAGUCCGUCAUUACGUAUGUAUUUACAUCAUGAAAUAUAGUGUCUUCUCAACUUAGAUAUUUUGCUUAUUUAUAAGUUGAGUAGUAUUACUCUGUCCGUCUGUUGUUUAAAAUCAUUGUAUCAACUGGUUCCCUAAAGGUUCAAAAUCUAACAGAAGAAUAAUCGCUUUCAUAACUGCUAACGUGUAAAUUUCAUCUCUAUUAUUCUGUGGAGAAUUUCCUCAUUAAGGAGAAGUUACAUGUACAUACAAUACUCGAUCGUUCUAAUUUUUGCACUGAAUAUUCAAUACUAUAUUCAAAUGAGGUUUGAUUUGCCAAAGUAAAUCUACCUUUGUUGUCUUUAUUACUUUUUUUUAGAAAAUAAUUAAUGGGGACGUUAUUCCUAAGUUUUAUUAAUAACUUAUAUAUCAAGUAGUGGAGUAUUCUAAUAAUCAUUGAAAAUACAAGUUAAA